AGACAAGUUUGCAUACAGCAACUGGAAGAGUUUUUCAUAGAAUGAUAGACUCUAUUAGUGCUGUUUCAUGUUACAUGCCAUGAGUGAGCUCAUAGUUGAUAGAAAUAUAAUGACUGUGUAAAAUCAUUUUCCAGAAAUAAGACUUCAGUAGGUGGCAGAGAGUUCACACAGGAGAGAAAUUGCUAGCCCAUUGAAAGCAUUGAUGUGGCAUGGUUGUCGGUGGUACAUUCUGCUUCAUCCAUUGGCAGAGGAAACCCUAGAAAUAACACUCUGGACACACUUAACUAUGGAACAUCUUCAGCAAAAUAUAAGAAAAUGCACAAAGCAAAUAAGGCCUGUGAGGAUGAAGAAGACUUCAGGGGUUUGUGUCACAAUUUUAACAUAAUUCUACAUUAGAUAAUAGAUAUAGUGAGCAUUUUAAGACACUAUACUGCUCCUAAAUUGAAUCAGACUCCUAGUUGACAUGUCAAGACUGCUUCAUUAAAGGAGGUUGUCUGUGUUGCACACCAUUGAUUAAAGUUACAACACAGCGCACACUCCCCCGUUGGGGGUCAUGAAUCUUUUUUCCCAUGUAGGAACAUUAUGUGAUUAGCUCUUGCAUUUCUUUGGUUCUAAAUGUAUUCACAUUGUAUUUUAGGUGACUGUAGUCCUUCAAAAGGAAUCUGGAUACAUUUAAUUCUAUAGUGUAACAACAUGUUUGGGUAUGUUAACUUUAUACAUAUCACCUGGGGAACAUAGUUCAAAACUCAUGAAUAACCUAUCAGCCAAGCUUUCACCCAAGAUGAUAGUUCCCAUCCUGCAUGCACACCACUCAGAAAAAAACUUUAACAACUAUUUCCUUUAACUUGGUACUGUUUUAGGACCUAUAGGUGAUGACAGUGAUGAGCAAAACAAAAUGUCCUUGCUAUCUUUGAGCUAGCAAUUUUUUUAAGAGUAAAUUUUUAAAAUUUUUAGAUAGAGGGGAAGGAGAAAGAGGGAGAGAAACAUGGAUGUGUGAGAUACUGGCCUCUCAUAUUCACAAGUUGACACUCAACCCACCUAGCUACACCAGUCAGAGCUGAGCUAGCAGUUUUUUUAAAGGUAGAUUUUAUGCAUAUAGCAAUUUUAUCCUCCAGCAAAUGUAAUCAGAGGAUGUAUACAUAUGUUAGUUGAAAGGGACAUACAGUAAAAGAACAAAAUAUCCUGAUAAUUUCCAGUUCAAGGGGUAUGUUAUUUGAAUGGAGGGAAAGGAUUCACUUAAUUUUACAUACAUAAAAUAGGGUAUGAAUACUUCUUAAAAUUAUUCAUGUCUUCUCCCCAGGUUAUAAAUUCCUUGAAUAGUUUAUAAGUAAUUGUAUAUUCCCCAGCACAUAGCAAAAGAGAAGUGAAUUAUAUGUAGAAUUGAAAGAUGGAUGAAGCCAAAUGAAUGAGCUAAUGCACUAAUCAAUCAAAAUUACUUUCAUCACUGAAGGAAUAGAGCUACUGGAAAGAAAUUGUAAGGGUCAAUAUUUUUUUCCUCUUUUUUCCUUUAAAAUAUUAUUUUUGCUUUUUAAUUUUUUAUAAGGAUCAGUAUGAUAAGAAACUUCUUAAAAAUCCUAACAAAAGGCUCCUGUCAGAAUAUAGAAGGGGCAGAUCAGAGGAGGAAUAGACUCUGGAGAAAAAGCCCAAUUAAUGGAAAAAAAUCACUCUAAAAAUUGAGAACAGAAGAAGAGACCCUUUGGAUGUCUUGUAGAUGAACCCUCAUAUUCAUUCCCAGGUCUAUAACCUUUUAGAGUUGCCACAAUUUAAAAGAUUCCCCACUCCUCUGACAUGAUAAAUUGAGACAAAUCAUUAUCACUCCUCUUCUGGGAAUGGGGCCUUUGUCCUCUCUUCUAUACUCAGGGUUCUUUCCCUUGAACUAAUAAAGAUAUCCACCUUAAAAAACAAAUAAACAACAACAAAAAAACCAGUCUUAGAAAAAAAAGUAGAAAUUUGCUAUGAAGUGGCUGUCUCAUGAUUGAAUUCCAAACUCCAGGUCUUUGAGUGAUUUGCUGCAACAAAAUUUUUUGAGCUGCACUGUGCCAGGCACUGUUGUAGACAUCAGACACACUGGUGAACAAAAGAUGCAAAAAAAAAAAGUCCUCUAAUAGUAUGCAUUCAGAACAGGUGCUCUUCAGUAAACAAUCAGAAGCAGAUUCUUCAGCUCAGAUUUUGGAUCCUCUUCAUGUCUUGUCUUGAAAAUCUGCACUUCCUAUCAUGGCAGUCAGCGUUUUUCUCACUGAAGUUGUCAGGGUCCUGGAAUGGGCUUCCCAGGACUGCCCUGAACCCUGAGAACCAGAUGCUGAAAUCACCUUUCAGAGGCUGGCAUUCCAGGUUUGACUAUAGGGUCAUGUGGCCUAUAUCUGGGGAGAUCCAUGUGUGUCUGUGUUGAGAGACUGAAGUUUUUGAGACCCAGGACCCUUAUGCUGCUGGGACAGAAGUGAUGAACAUUACAUUACCUUCAGUCUUUCAAGAGUCGCUGAUGCUGGAGGAUGUGGCUGUGGACUUCACUUGGGAGGAGUGGCAGCUCCUGGACCCUGACCAGAAAGGCCUGUACAGGGACGUGAUGUUGGAGAACUAUAGGAACCUGGUGUCACUGGGGUAUCAAGUCAGCAAACCAGAUGUUCUCUCCAAGUUGGAACUAGGGGAAGAACCAUGUACAACAGAGGAUGAACUCCACAAUCUGGUCUGUCCAGACACUGGCAAAGUUGACAGUUAUCUCCAGGAUCACUGGGAAAAUAAAAGAAUGCUGAAAGGUAUGGAACAAAACCACAAACACAAUACUUUUGAAAAUAAUGUUAUUCAAAGCAGAAGUCAUUUUCCUUUCAGGCAAAAUCAUGGUAUGUUUGAGUUUUACGUAAAAACUCUGAAUUCAAAUUUAAGUUUGGUCAAACAGAGUAAAAGCUGUGAAACUAAGAUCUCUACUAAACUGAAUGGAGAUGGAAAAUCAUUUCAGCAUGGCAAGCAUGAAGAUUUUCAUCUUAGAGUUAAAUUCCCUGUCAGUGCAAAAUUUAUCAGCAAUAAGUCCCGGGUCAUUAAACAUCAAAGAACUCAUGAAGUAGAGAAGGCCCACAUGUGCAGUGAAUGUGGGAAAGCCUUCAUUAAGAAGUCUCAGCUCACUGAUCAUAAGAGAGUUCACACAGGAGAGAAACCUUAUGGGUGCAGCCUUUGUGCGAAAGUAUUCUCCAGAAAGUCCAGGCUCAAUGAACAUCAGAGAAUUCACGAAAAAGAGAAAUCCUUUAUAUGCAGUGACUGUGGCAAAGUCUUUACAAUGAAGAGCCGUCUGAUUGAACACCAGCGAAUUCACACUGGAGAAAAACCCUAUGUGUGCAGUGAAUGUGGAAAAGGCUUCCCAGGGAAGCGUAAUCUCAUUGUACAUCAACGAAAUCAUACUGGAGAGAAAUGCUUUGUCUGUAGUGAAUGUGGGAAAGGCUUCACUGGGAAGAGCAUGCUCAUCAUACAUCAGCGAACUCAUACAGGAGAGAAACCCUACACUUGCAAUGAGUGUGGGAAAGCCUUCACCACGAAGCACUAUGUCCUCAUACAUCAACGAAAUCAUACAGGGGAGAAACCAUAUGUAUGCAAGGAGUGUGGUAAAGGCUUCACCAUGAAGAGCCGUCUGAUUGAACAUCAGCGAACGCACACUGGAGAGAAACCCUUUGUGUGCAGUGAAUGUGGAAAAGGCUUUCCCAGGAAGAGUAACCUCAUUGUGCAUCAGAGAAAUCAUACAGUAGAGAAAUCCUAUGUAUGUGGUGAAUGUGGGAAAGGCUUUACUGUGAAGAGCAUGCUUAUCAUACAUCAGCGAACGCAUACUGGAGAGAAACCCUACACCUGCGGUGAGUGUGGGAAAGGCUUCCCCUUGAAGAGUCGGCUGGUUGUACAUCAGCGAACACAUACUGGAGAGAAGCCGUACAGAUGCAGUGAAUGUGGGAAAGGCUUCAUCGUGAAUAGUGGGCUGAUGUUACACCAGCGAACUCAUACUGGAGAGAAACCCUAUAUAUGCAAUAAAUGUGGAAAAGGUUUUGCCUUUAAAAGCAAUCUUGUGGUACAUCAGCGGACUCAUACUGGAGAGAAACCCUUUUCGUGCAAUGAAUGUGGAAAAGGCUUCACCAUGAAACGCUAUCUCAUCGUACAUCAGCAAAUUCAUACAGGAGAGAAAUCCUAUGUAUGCAGUGAAUGUGGAAAAGGCUUUGGCAUGGAAACUGAGCUCAUUUUACAUCAGCAAACCCAUACUGGAGAGAAACCUUAUGCAUGCAAUGAAUGUGGGAAAGGGUUUGCUGUGAAAAGUCGUCUAGUCGUCCAUCAACGAACUCAUACAGGAGAAAAACCUUUUGUGUGCAGUGAAUGUGGAAAGGGCUUCUCUUCAAAGAGAAAUCUCCUUGUGCAUCAUAGAACUCAUACUGGGAACAAACUCUAACAAUGCAAAGAAUAUUUCACACUUUCAGGAAGAAAAUAUGCCUUGUACAAAAUCAGAGACUUCACACAGGAAAGACAUAUUUUGAAUGUACUUACUGUGGAAAACUCUAUUCAUAUAGUAUUGAUCUCAUGACCCACCAGGGAAGUUGCACAGGAGACGAACUGUAUGUAUGCAGUUAGUGUGAGAAAACCUUCAGCAUGAAUUUGGCACCCACUGUACAUGAAAGAACUUAUAAAAAUAAAAGAUAGAGACUGUAUGAAUUCAGUGAUUGGGAUAACCUUUCUCUUACUGGUCAACUCUGAUUAAUACAGCAAAUGUGUAGGUCAAGGUACAUAAUCCUUUGCAGGGUCUGAAUUAAUUAUAUGCAUGUGAACUUGUGUAAGGGGCAAGCUAUGAUAGUUCAGUGUAGUGUGCUCCUAGCAUACUUAAAUAUAGUCAGUAUAGAUUAGCCUGCUGCUAGAUUUUCAGGAAUGGGAAAUUAUGGAGUUUGCAUAGGAGUAAAAUUUAAUGAAUGUAGAGAAUGUGCUAGAGCCUUCAGCAAUCAAGUACCUCACACUCUAUGUCAAAAUUAACAUGUAGGAAAAAAAACUAAUACAUUCAAUGCAGAAAAUGUCUUGAGGAAAUAUUUCUAGCUAAUUAUAUUUCUGAAAAGUAUAUGCUAAUAUAAAUCUUAAAAAUGGAGAAACUAGGAAGGCCUUCUAUGGUAAUAAAGACUAUCUCAUUAGUGAUUAUAGUAGAUCAUCAGUGAGCUCAUACAUAGUAGCAUUGGGAUGAUCAUGAGAAAAACUUUGCCUAGAAAUAAACCUUAAUAGUCACCUUAUAGUCAUGCUGGAGAACAAUUUUCGGAUGGCAAAGAAUAUUAUAGAAUUCAUAAUUUCUCAUGAAUCAAUACAUAAAUAAAAUUGUUAGGAAUACACUUAAUGUACAUUGACUUCAGCAAAAUAUCAGAGAAUUCAUGAAGGAAAGAAACUUCAUGAAAAUGUUAUAUAAUUGAGUUUUCUAAGUCAACUCUAAAUUUACUAUAUACCCAAUGUCCAUUCUAGGACAGGAUACCUUAAACCAUAUUCUCAAUGAUUCCAUAAUUUUUAAGUAGGCAAUUUUCAACACUGAUAACAUUUUAAUAUUAUUACAAGCAGGAGUGCCCACCUCAUAUCAUUAUAUGAUUAGCUGUUGCAUUUCUUAGGCUCUGAAUUCAUGUCUUUCAAACUACUUUGUACUUCAAAAGUAAAAGGAAUAUACUCAUAAAUGUAAUUCCACAUAUUUUAUGUAUUUAUCCAAGUAUAUAAGUUUAAAAAAUAUCUUAAAUGUGAUUUUUCUAAAGUUUGCUUUGCAAUAGUUUUAGAUUCACAAGAAUUUACAAAUUAUACAAUGUUCCUGAGUACCUUUACUGAGCCUCUUCAUUGGUAUUACCUUACAGAACCAUCAUACAUCAUCAAAACCAAUAAAAUGACAUUGACACAAUGCUGUUAGUAAAAUAUAGACCUUAAUUUGGAUUUCACUAGUUUAUUCAUACUUUCAUUUGUAUGUGGUUGUUUGUUUUGUUUUUUGGUGUAGAGUUCUAAGAAAUUUUAUCACAUAUGUAGAGUUUUGUAAAUCCUAUCACAAUCAGGAUGCAGAAUUGUGCCAAUCCAAAGAAACAUCUACCUAUUACCCCUUUAUAGUCACACUGUCCCCUUGACCCUGACCCAUGGCCACCACUGAUCAAUACUCCAUAACUCUAAUUUUGUCAUUUCAAGAAUGCUCUUAACAUGGAAUGUAUGUAUCCUUUGAGAUACUGUUGUUUUUUUUUCCUCACUCAGCAAAUUGCCCUCAAGAUACAUCCAAUUUGUUGGGUGUAUAAGUAGUUUUCCUUUUUUGUUAUUGAACAGUAUUUUUUUUUGUACAGAUGUACCAUAGUUUGUUUAUCUGUUCACUUUUGAUGGACGUUUGGAUUGUUUCCAGUGUUUCAUUGUCAUGAAUAAAGAUGUUAAUGAACA